UUGUCCCGGACGCGGAGGAGUCUGGGAGAUGUCGCUCUGGGCUCGUCCCGCGGUAGUCUCGGGCCUGACAGCCGACUCUUGGAAUCUGGAAGGACCUUGGACAGUGUAGUUCCCCUGAGGGCGAAGGCCGUGGUCAGCUCGCCAGUGACCCGGCGCGUCAGAGCUGUAAGAUAAGCCUACUUCAUGACUGCUUUUUCCUGCCCUUGCGCUGCUUUCUCAGAACGCUGCCUAUUUAUAAAACAAGACCUUGGAAAGAGGACUGUGGUGACUAUUGGAAAUUGCAAAGUAAUGUCUCAGGUGACAUUUAGUGAUGUGGCUAUAGACUUCUCUCAUGAAGAGUGGGGAAGGCUAGAUUCUGCUCAGAGGGAUUUAUACAAGGAUGUGAUGGUCCAGAAUUAUGAAAACCUGGUCUCUCUAGCAGGUCUUUCCAUAACUAAGCCAUAUGUGAUCACUUUAUUGGAGGAUGGAAAAGAGCCCUGGAUGGUGGAGAAAAAACUGUCAAAAGGUAUGUUUCCAGAUUGGGAAUCAAGACGAGAAAACAAGGAAUUAUCAACAAAGGAGGAUAUUUAUGAUGAAGAUUCACCCCAAACAGUAAUAAUAGAAAAAACUCUUAAACAAAGUUGUGAAUUUUCAAAUUUUAAUGAAGACUGGGAAUAUAGACAGAAAUUGGAAGGGAAGUGUGUAAAUCAGGUAGAACAUUUCAGACCAGUGACACUCAGCUUUAGAGAAAGCCCCACUGGGGACAGUGUUUACAAAUACAGUACAUUUAGAAGCAUCUUCCAUUUAAAGUCUCCUCUUUCUGAACCAGAGAGAAUUUCAGUUGAAGGGAAAUCAGAUAAGUGUGAUAUAUUGAAGAAGAAUUUACCAAGAAAGUCAGUUAUAAAAAAUGAGAAAAUCAAUGGCAGAAAGAAACUUUUGAAUUCUAAUGAAAGUGUGGCAGCCUUCAACCAGAGCAAAUCUCUGACCCUUCACCAGACUUAUAAUAGACAGAAAUUCUAUACAUGCAGUGAAUGUGGGAAAGCCUUUGGCAAACAAUCAAUCCUUAAUCGCCAUUGGAGAGUUCAUACAGGAGAGAAACCCUAUGAAUGUCAUGAAUGUGGGAAGACUUUUAGCCAUGGCUCAUCCCUUACUCGACAUCAGAUAAGCCAUAGUGGAGAGAAACCUUACAAGUGUAUUGAAUGUGGGAAGGCCUUUAGCCAUGUCUCAUCACUUACUAAUCAUCAGAGCACUCACACUGGAGAGAAACCAUAUGAAUGUAUGAACUGUGGAAAGUCUUUUAGUCGUGUUUCACAUCUCAUUGAACAUCUGAGAAUUCAUACUCAAGAAAAACUCUAUGAGUGUCGUAUGUGUGAGAAGGCCUUCAUUCAUAGGUCAUCUCUCAUUCACCAUCAGAAAAUUCAUACUGGAGAGAAACCUUAUGAAUGUAGUGAAUGUGGGAAAGCCUUUUGCUGUAGCUCACACCUUACUCGACAUCAAAGAAUUCACACCGUAGAGAAACAAUAUGAAUGCAACAAAUGUCUGAAAGUCUUCAGUAGCCUCUCGUUUCUUACUCAGCAUCAGAGUAUUCAUACUGAAGAAAAACCCUUUGAAUGUCAGAAAUGCAGGAAAUCCUUCAACCAGCCUGAAUCAUUGAAUAUGCAUUUGAGAAAUCACAUUAGAUUGAAACCUUAUGAAUGCAGUAUAUGUGGGAAAGCCUUCAGUCAUAGGUCAUCUCUGCUUCAACAUCACAGAAUUCAUACUGGAGAGAAACCUUAUGAAUGUAUUAAAUGUGGGAAGACCUUCAGCUGUAGUUCAAACCUUACUGUACAUCAGAGAAUUCACACUGGAGAAAAGCCAUAUAAAUGUAAUGAAUGUGGGAAAGCUUUUAGCAAAGGCUCAAAUCUUACUGCCCAUCAAAGAAUACACAAUGGAGAGAAGCCUAAUAGUGCGUUAAGUGUGGAAAAGCCCUUAGACCAUAUAAAUUACUAUACAUCUGAGAAAUCAUAUAAGAGAGAAACUAUAUAAAGCAGUAUUUGUCAUAAUAAACUCCAGCAAUAGAUCCUCCUUGAUUCAACAUCAGAAAAUUUAUAAUGGAGAAAAGUCUUGUGAAUGUAGUGAAUAUGGGAAGACCUUUAGCAAUGAUAAAAGCUUUAGUGUUUAUAGACAGUAUACUGUAGAGAAAACGUGCAGACAAUAAAUGAGGGAAAGCCUUUGUCAGUAUUAACCCCUUAAUUGACAUAAGUAAAUCCACACCAGAAAAACUACUCUCUAUGUAGCAUACAUGGGAAAGGCUGUAGGCAGUAUGAAUCUUCUGCAAACUCAUACAGGAGAGAAGCUGUAUAAAUAUAGAAAAUUUAGAAAUUGUGGGAAAUCCUUCAGUUUAAGUGCAUCUCUCUACAUCAAAGAACUCAAAGAGAAAUCUGAUGUAAGAAAUGUAACAAAGUACUUGUAAGACAUCAGAAGAUUAGUGGCAGAAUAACCUGAAGGAUGUAGGAAUUAUAUGUAAAUCUUUGCAGUAAUGCUAUUUAUAAACAAUUCUACAGGAGAGCAAACAAGCAUAUAAAUAUGCAUUUCUUAUAGCAGUAGCGUACAAUUUUAUUCAAGUCCUAUAUAGAAAUUAUUUUUAGCUCAUGGGUAUGGGUUAGAUACUUAGUCACCCGGUGGAUCCAGUAAACAUAAUGUUGAAAAUUAAAGCUGCAAAAGAAGUACACAUGAUGUUAAUAAAAUUUUUGGUCUCUAAUAAAAUCAUUUUGGAUAUAAUGAA